AUGGGGUGCAAUUACUUCUUUGACCUCGACUAUUAUGGAGUGGGCUUCUACGAGGAAGUAGUUAACAGUGAACCUGAGCAAAUGUGGGCUGAGGCAGCUCGCCCAUGCCGCUUGGGAGGACCUGUAAGUGCCCUGCACAAGCUGGGCCGUGACUUCCACCUGAGUCUUAUGGGUGAUGACAGCUACAACCGUAAAAACAGAAACAACACCCAAAAGAAAAACCGUGAGUCUCAACAGAGGAAACAGAAGGAGCCUGGGAACGUGUCUGGGGAAGUUCCUCAGCCCCUGAACAAGAGGUGCAUAAAACGCCACACGUUUACGUGUGGGCAACUGCGAGAACUGGAAAGAGUUUUCCAAGAAAAUCAGCAUCCUGAUGUGCAGAAAAGGAAACAGCUCGCUGAGCUCAUUGAUGUCGAUGAACACAAAGUGAAGUCUUGGUUCAAAAACAAGAGAGCGAAAUACAAGAAAAAUCAGGAAGCAUUACUACACAGCAGUGAGACACCUAGUACCCAAGACCAUGCCUGCGUCAAGAUUAAGAUGGAGCCCAACGCUGUUUCUGAUCUCCAGAAGACAGUUGAGAAUGGGUUCAUCUUCUGUCAGCAACACCUUGGCUCGCUUUGCUGGCCAUGA